GACCAAUAGGCGUGAGGGUGGGGCGCGCGGACGUCAUGGAGAACGCGCGCCGGCGGCGGAAGGCCGAGGGGGAGUAUGGACUUGGGCAACGUGUGGGGAGCUCACCUUGGUUUUUAUAUUUAAUGGUUUAUAAAUAAAGGUCGGGAUUAAUAAUGAUCCCCCAAACAAUAAGAAGCAUCAGCUCAGCUGUAAAGAAUCUCAAGAUCCCAGGGUGUGCAAACUGCCUGUACAAGAGAUUUUCCAUUAUGCCAUCUGGGCAAAAGAACCUCCCCACUCGCUACCUAGGGCAGCCUAGUCCCUUCACGCAUCCCCAUCUCCUGAAAACAGGUGAGGUCACCCCUAGGUUGACACAGACAGAAUAUGCGCUGCGGCGGCACAAACUACUAAGUCUCAUCCAGAAAGAAGCUGAGACCCUGGGAUCUUCUGACCAUGCCAUUAUUCUGCUGUCCCACCCCACUUACUACAUGACGAAUGACAUCCCAUUUCCAUUCCACCAGAACACCAACUUUCUGUACCUCUGUGGUUUUCAAGAGCCGGACAGCAUUCUGCUGCUCCACAGUAUUCCCGGAAUGAGCCUGCCUUCCCAUAAGGCUGUCCUGUUCGUGCCAAGGAGGAACCAGAACCGAGAGCUAUGGGAUGGCCCACGGUCUGGGGUCGAUGGUGCCGUUGCCCUUACAGGGGUGGAUGAGGCCUAUAAUACUGAGGAUUUCCGACAAUAUGUACAGAAGUUUAAAGAUGAAGGGUACACACUAUGGUAUGACAAUGAGCCUUCUGUCCAUUCAACACUACAUUCAGACUAUCUGCAGCCCCUUGUAGAUAUCAAGACUAAGAGCAAGAAUACUGUCAAACCGGUUCAGACUCUUGUUCAAUAUCUAAGACUUAUCAAGUCAGACACUGAGAUUGAACUCAUGAAGAUGGCUGCAAAGAUCACCUCAGAGGCAUUAAACAGUACAAUGUUUUCAACCAAGGCUCCAGUUGAUGAGUCCUACCUGUAUGCAAAGUUUGACUUUGAGUGUCGAGCUCGAGGAGCAGAUCUCCUGGCCUACCCUCCAGUUGUAGCUGGUGGCAAUCGUUGCAAUACCCUGCACUAUGUGAAAAAUAACCAGCUGAUUAAGGAAGGGGAGCUAGUUUUAUUGGAUGGAGGGUGUGAAUAUUCUGGCUACGUCAGUGAUGUCACUCGGGUCUGGCCUGUCAAUGGAAGGUUCACAGAGCCUCAAUCGGAGCUGUAUCAGGCCAUCCUUGAUAUUCAAAAGGCCUGCCUCAGUCUCUGCACUCCUGGGAUCAGUCUGGAGAACAUCUAUGGUUUCAUGUUGAACCUUCUUGGACAGAAGCUCAAAGACCUGGGAGUCCUGCAGGAGAUAUGCCAGAAUGAUGUUUUCAAGGCUGUUCGCAAGUACUGCCCACAUCAUGUAGGACAUUACCUUGGGAUGGACGUCCACGACACACCAGACAUCUCGCGCUCCAUAGCCCUGCAGCCUGGCAUGGUGGUGACCAUCGAACCUGGAAUAUAUAUCCCAGAACAUGACACCUUGGCUCCACCAAGAUUUCGGGGAAUUGGGAUUCGGAUUGAGGAUGAUGUUUUGGUUACGGAUGAGGCGCCGGUUAUCCUUUCUGCAGACUGUCCGAAGGAAUUGUCUGAAUUAGAAAAGGUCUUGAACUGCCAUUAACAAGCAGACACUGAAAGCCUCAUCAAUUUAGGUGUUUGUAAUCGGGGAAGUGACAGAGAAGGUCACAAGCGAAUCCAGCGCCUCUGCUCAGUUAGUGAUGGCUCUGUAUGGAAUGUGGGGAUGCCACCACUUUACAGUAUGUCAGUUUGUCUUAAUAUAUAAACUCACAAUAGUAUUUGUACUCCAAGACAGAUUAUAUAGCAAAGACAUGAAUUCCAAGCACCAAACAAGAGGUAAUAUUUGAGAACUUUUUUCACAUAAAUGGACAGGAAAAGAUCCCGUACAAGCAACUGAGCCUUAUGAUUCCCUGUAACCACAACCUUCCAGUGAUCACUCUGAAAGCCCUUUGAUUUGGGGAAUUGGACCACUAUAAUGUGAACCCAUCUGGAAAUGCUUACGUACAGCCUGUGAACAAUAAAGGGAUCAAACUGCGGUACCUAUAACGAUGAUAAAGCCUCUUGAAUAUUUUGUGGAGAAAUGGUGCCUCUGAUUACUGCCAGAGAUUGGCUGACCCUAGAAGACUGGCAUGAAUUGUCUCUUCAGGAAAAGUUUUUUGUCGUAAAGAACUUUGGAAACAAUUCAUUGAUAGUAUUGGUUUCCAGUAAUGUCUGAACUUCCCAAAUAUUUUAAAUAAUGUAGGUGCUGGAAAUCUCAUAUUAAGAACCAUAAAAUGCUGGAAAUAUUCCACAAGUCAGACAGCAUCUGUGGUGUUAUAGUUAACAAGAAGUUCUGGUAUAAGUCAUUGACUGGCAAUGUUAACUGUUACUUUGCCAUGUUGGUCUGUCACAGCUUUAUCAGCGUAUUAGUUUAACACACCUUACCUCAGAUGUAAAGGUGUGACAGACUAACCAUCACUCUGUGUAUCAGUAGCACAAGUUCACAUCUGUUAUCUGUGUGUUGAUAAACAUAGUUUUCAUUGAAAAACUGAGUUUUUAAACAAUCUUACAUUACAGUAACCUCUUGAUUAAUGUCAGAGUUCUUGUAUAUAGCAAAUCAUUAAUUUACAUAACGACAGUGCUAUGUUGCUAUUAAUAUGAAAAUGAUAUUUUGUGAUUUUAUUGAUGAAUUUCAUUCAAACCACAAACAUUAAAUUUGAGUGACUUACAUUUCAUUGGCACCUUUCAUUUUUUUCUUUCUGUGUAAUGUAGGGAAAGUCCAUUUUAAAGUAAUCACUUCCCUUUUGCAUUCCCUGAGCCUUCCUCCAUUUGUAGCUGGGACGAUGGAGGAAUCUGCAUCUUCAACAAUACUGUGGACCUGGGGGUAACUCUCCUGAUUGCAUUGCACCCUCCACCCCACCCCACUCCAAUCAGUACACCCUGCACAUCUUCUCUUUGUAGCAGCUCAUUAUUGAGUCAUACAACACAGAAGCAAGCUCUUCAGCCCUCCAUGUCUAUGCUGACUUUCAAGUAUCCAUCCAUACUAGUCCCAUUUACCUACACUCGGUCCAUAACUUUCUGUGCAUUGGCAUUUCAAAUGCUUAUCUAGAUACUACUUUAAAUGUUGUGAGAGUACCUGCCUCUGCCAUCCCUUCAGGCAGUGUGUUCCAGAUUCCAACCACCCUCUGGGUGAGAAAAUUCCUCCUCUGAUCUCGCCUAUACACCUUACCCUAAACCCCUACUCUCUAAUUUUAGAUAACUCUGCAAUGGGAAAAUGUAUUAUUCUUUGUUUCUUCCUUUUUUUACAUCUUCUUUGUUCUUCCUCAAGGUAUUUAGUUAUUCUUUUGAGAGAAUUUGAAGGAGAUCUGGAAAUACAUAGCAGAAUAGUCUGUAUCUAAGUCUUAAGUGAUCACUUUCGCAUCAGAACCUGAAUUCUGCUACAUUAUCUAGCUUUAUUUCUGUUUGGUUUUUGUUCUCUCAGUUUUUGCACCCUCACUAUGACUGUUGAGUGACUACUUUUCAUUUGUACCAAAAGAUAGUUUUGUGUGGAAUAGCUAAGGAUUACUGGAGCAGUCUUAAAAAUUGUAACAGGUUGCAUGGUGUUCUCUAUAAGCAGUAAUAUCGUUAUAGCAUAGCAUAUAACCUCUGAAACCUGUAGGAUCUCCCUAGUUCUUUUUUAUUUCUAUCUCUGUGAAUCUUUUGCAAUUUGUCAUGAGGCUGCAAACUCUGCAUUACUGGUCCAGGUCUAAAAUCACUGAGCUUAGGGAUUUCUCGUAUCACGCUGGUCUUACCAUGGCUCCUGGUCUGAUAACACUCUGGUUUUAAAAAUUCUGAGACAUAUGGUGAUUUCUUCCAUUCAUGCAACUCUUCAAGAUCUCUCCUUUAAUUAUGACCUCAACACCCCAUCACUGAUGACUGUGUCUUCAACUACCCAGAUCCCAAGCUCUAAAAUUUCCCCUAAACAUCUCACUGCUCCUUUAGGUUGCUUCUUUGAAUGUGUCUGUCUGAUCAAGUUUUUGCUCACUUGCUUUAGUAUGGUAUUUCAGCAUUGUGUUGACGUGGGCAAUGCUGAGUGACACCAUAGGAUAUUUUUACUAUGUUAAUUGUGCUAUCUAAAUUCAAAAUAUCCAGAAGAAAGUUGCCAGUUUCAUUGUCUUUUAUUUUAUCUGCUGAGAUAUUCUAGAGAGAUAAAAUGAAGCCAUCCUCCCCUUGUUCACCUCUAUUCUGAGUAUCAAUGAAGCAUUACAUUUUGGCAUACUGCCAAGGCAUUAUCAGCCUUGGUAUAUUUUGCAUUUAAACAAAACAUUUAAUGUAACAUAUUUGUGUUGUACCCACACACACACACAACAGUAAAAACUUGAAUUUUAAGUAACAUCCUAAGCAACUUCGUCUUAAGCGGUCCCUUGGGAUCAAGGAUGAUUUCCUUCCUCUCUGGUUCUUUGGCUUCAUUGGACAAUGCUGAAAGCAAUGUGGAAACUGCAGACUCUUCUACAGAUGGAAGAGGAGGUCCCUGACACUAGAUAGUUUGUGAGGUGGUGUGCUCCUUCUGCACUUCAUGCACAACUACUCUGUGCUCUUAAUGGAUGGACUAGAGGUUCUCAGUACCGUGCUGAAUGCUCCUUCUCUGUGCAGUCAUGGGCCAGGUAUUCUCAAGAGUUAUUGUUGCAGUUUUUCAAGGAGGCAUAUUGAAUGUUCUUGAAUCUUACCUGGUUCACCUGGUAACCUCAUCCCACAACAGAGCUCAGAACAGUGUGUUUGUUUCUGGAGUCUGGUGUCAGGCAUGCCAAAGCAUCUGACUGAGAUUUACAAGGUUCUUGGUACUGGAGAAGUUGGCCUGGGAAAGGACACUGACAUUAAUUUGCUUGUCAUUCCAGUGAAUUAGAAGGAUUUUGCAGAUAUGGUAUUGGUGGUGUCUUUCAAAUGCCUUGAGCUGCCUGCUCUAAGUACUCCAGAUGUUAGAAGCACACAGGAAGGCAGGAAUCAUUACUGCCUACUAAGACUCUGAGUUUUGUGUCAGGUCUGAGGAUUUGAUCUUCAAAUACCUUUUUCCUCAUUUGAGAAAGACUAACUGGUGCAUCAAAGGUGAUGGUGAAUUUCAUCAUCAAUGUCUGCUUUCACUGAGAAGUGACUCCUGAGAUACGGGAAGUGGUCAAUGUUUUCCAGGGUUUCAUCAUGAGGUGAUGAGAUGAUGUCUUACAGAAGGGGCAGAGUGACAGCAGACCUUUGCCUUGUGGACAUUGAGAGGAAAGCCUACCUUUCAGUGAACAAGUCAACAAUGAUUUUAGCUCCACCUCUGAGUGCACGCUGCAGCUUGGCUACUGAUGUAACCUUUGUCUUAGAGUGAAAUCUUCAUAGGUUGUGUCGUUCUUCAGUAUUUCCAAAAAUGGCACUGUUGUAGGCCCAUUGGUUCGGAUCAUGGGUUGCAUGCGGUCAUGAAGCAAAUGUACAAUGCAACAAAUUUGGCAGCUGAAUUUGGGGAAAUAAAGACAUAACCUACAACAACUAUUCAGUCCAGACUUGCUACCACUCCCUACUAACAAAAAGCUGAAAUGGCCAUAUCCCAACUAAAAAGGUAACAAGGCCUCAUGAGCACACCAUAGCUCGGCAGUGGAGAACUUCAGUCAUGAAUCAACAAUCUCAUUGUCCACAUUUGUGAAGAGGAGGAUAGAUCAGGUCACAGAUCUGAAACGUUGGCUUUUUCUCUUUCCACAGAUGCUGCCUGACAGGCUGAGUGUUUUCAACAUUGUCUGUUUUUGUUUCAGAUUUGCAGCAAUUGCAGUAUUUGUGAUUUUUCAGGAUGUGUUAGGGGAUGUCAGAUGCCAUAAUCAAGACUAACUUCAUUAAAGAUAGUAAAUCCAACUACGUACUACAGAGGAGCCUUGUUGAUGCCAUGGAAAAGUCAUUGCCGGCGUCCUACUCAACUGCCCUCCUCCAAGUGUCCUAAAAGCUGCUCCCAAAUCACAGCGUGGAUUCUGUCCAGCUAAAGCCACAAUGUUCAUGAUCUUCAUUGUGUGACAAUUCCAAGAAAAAUGAAGGGAACAACACCAACCCAGAGUACAUGAUCAUUUUCAACCUCAUUAAAGCCUUUCAUAAUUGGUAAUUGUUUGAGAUACAGUGACGAGCUUUGUUUGCAUGCUACCCAGACACAUCAUUCCAUAUAUAAGCCCCUUGAGGUAGCAAAAAAGAGAAAAAAACAGAAUGCAGAAUACAGUUACAGAGAAAGUGCAGUGCAGGUACAAGGUAUAAGGUACAAGGGCCAUGACGAGGUAGAUUGAGAGAUCACGAGUUCAUCUUUAUUAUAUAAGAGGUGCAUUCAAGAAUCUCAUAAUUAAAGGAGAGAUCUUGAAGAGUUGCAUGA